UAGGAGGAGCAAGGCCAGUAAAAGAGCGCAGCACAGCCACUUUGGACGCUCUUAACCUUAACCCAGAUGAAGAAGAAGAGGCAACGGAAGGCAGGGCAGACAUUAGAGAUGUCAUGCUCCAUGUGCUUAUGGAGGAAGCAAAGCAACUGCAUUUGCAAUCCCAUUGCAGACGAGCCACAACCAGACUAAACUGGCUAUGUGGUAUAAAGAAGAGAGAGGCACGUGCCCAGCCCAUUGGAUUUGAACAUGCUUAUCGAGGCCCAUACGUUAUGAAAAUUAAACACAGGGCCCAAGGGAGCAAAACCCAGAAAGAGGAAUCAGUAUCAGCUCAACUCCAAGCGCAAAUGCUGUUCUCAACCGUGGCUUCCAGUGUUGUUGGGUGUUUCAUUACACGUUCGUCAAGAGUCAGAGGCAUCCCUGAUCCUUCCUUCUUCACCACCUCCACCAAGAUGGCUUUGGAGCAAUUUACGUUCGGCCCUUACAAGAUUGACAGCAGGGAAGUGUUUUACUCUACUCAUCUAUCCUAUGCCCUGGUCAACUUGCGUCCUGUUGUUCCUGGUCAUGUGCUUGUCUGCCCAAGGCGUGAAGUGAAGCGCUUUGUUGAUCUCUCUACUGAUGAGACCAGUGAUCUUUGGAUCACAGCGCAAAAGGUUGGUAGUCGGCUUGAGACCUACCACAAAGCAUCGUCUCUCACACUUACAAUUCAAGAUGGACCCCAAGCUGGACAGACUGUGCCCCAUGUUCAUAUCCAUAUCAUCCCACGGAAAGGUGGCGACUUUCGGGAGAAUGAUGAGAUUUACGAUGCACUAGAUGAAAAGGAGAAGGAAUUAAAGCAAAAGCUUGAUUUAGACAAGGACAGGAAGGACAGAAGCCUUGACGAAAUGGCACAAGAAGCAGAAGAAUACAGAAAGUUGUUCUUGUAGAAUGUAGAUGUUCCUACUUGCAACGCAAUAUGUAAUUUAUUUCUCACUGGAUAUUUUCAACCUAGUUUAGUUAUGGUUUGCUCAUUGGAUGGUUUGCUAUGGUUUUAGCUGGAUUAGGGUCCAAGCAUCAUAGUUCAGUUGUGUAACUUAAAAUCGGAACUUAUCAUUGAUUGCUAGAGAAAUUAUGUUUUCUUUAUCA